AUGGCGGGAAGUCCAGUCGCUCAUAGGAGCGCCUGGUUUGAAUCACCACCGACACCUGCCCCUGACGUUGAUCGACCCACGGCCGCAACCGCUUCAACGAUAACCCUGAAGUCCGGAGAGACACACCUGGGUGCGCCGUCGAAGGUGGAAGCCCCCGCGUCUUCUCUUGAUAUUCGCCCAAGUGCUCGAGGACUGGUCGAGGUCUUGCCUGUCGUAUCUGUUAGGGAGGCCGUGCGAAGGGGACUUUUCGGGCUUAUGCCAGGCAAAAACCCGUCCUCUCCCAGUCUGCCAUCUUCAAUGCAGAUAAGCAUCACACCGCAUGUAGUGCGCGGAACCGACGAGAAUUUGUCUUUCACUUGCGGGACGACAGCAGGUGCUGGUGCUACAAAGACAUUCCAAGACACAGCGCGGCAAUCUGGAGAGUCUGUUGCCAGACGGCACUCAGUAGACUACCACCUGCCGACCGUGCCCCUGUCUCAAGCUGUUGCGGAUUCAUGGCCGCACACUACGCCUGCAACGCCCUUUCAAUCAUGGGCAGGUUUCGGUUCGGGGCGACUGCCGACUUCUUCCGGGGACACAGGAACGGCAGUUCCCAUUCGUCGACGAGGCACGUAUGAACAGCCCUCAAGCGGCAACACUCUAACUCUUCAGCGCCGCGCUUCCUUACCUGUCUCCAUUGCUGAGCAGCCGGGAGGCAGCGGCGCGUUUCAGGGUGUCGGCUUGCCACUGCACAACGACGGUGUCUUCAAGGCAGUGACAGAAAAACACGUUCGAUAUGCCAAGACCUCGGACAGCCAACGGGAGGGAGGUAUGGCACGCUCUCUUUCAGGAACUGCUCUGCAGGCCCCUGUGGAGUCUGCGCCGCGACAUGCAGCGAAGCUGCCCGGGGGGAGAGACAUUCGCGCUUUUGCUGGUACGCGCGACGCGCCAUUUGGAAGUGUUCAUCAACACGACGUGCCCAGUCAGGCGGAAACAGUGGAAGGCGGUCCUCAUAACGAAGGACCCGGAGCGGCAGACGACCCCACACUCUCGCCUGAAGCGGCAGAGAAACCGAUGCCUCACCUUGAGGCAGCAGGCGAACGGAAGUUCCCCCUAAGCUCGUUGACCCCACCAGAUUCCACCAUGGGGCAAAGUGGGGAAGGGCGGGGGAGAAUAGACAAGGCAGCUGCCGAUGCGUCUUUAGUCAAAGGUAAUUCACUUUACCCCUGUGUCUUCGUGGCGUAUGAUGAACAACCUCGGGUGUGCGUCAACAUAUCCCCAACUUUUCAACCGCAAGUACGGGUGAGGAGAAGCUCAGCGCCUUCGGUGCAGAUUUUUACGGACCUGCCGAUGGCAAUCUGCCAAUGCUUUCAGAAGCCCGUGGACACAGUCACCAAGCCAGCGCGCCUGGUUCCGGCUUGGCUUCGAGGAGGAGCUGGGCGGGCCGAUGUAGACGCAGGGAGCAUUGAAGGCGCAGAGCGUGUAGAGCAUGCACAGGGGCCGCAAGUGCUCAAGCCCUUGGAGAGUCGUGGCCCGUCUGGAUACAUAGCCGGCGAGCAAGAGUGGUUGUGGCAUGUGGCGCAGCCCACUAUUCUGAUACAGCCGGCAACAAGUCAGGGCAGUAACCGUGCCACAGGUUAUAACGCUGGAGGGCAGCGCGGUCGCGGGCAUCAGCCGUUUGUAGUCGUUGACGUGACAACCGCUUGGUGGCCGACAGUGCAGUUGCAGUACGUGGAUGACGAGCAACAAGAUGAGACUGCGGACACUUCUAUCGAGGCUGGGAGUACCGAUGUCCAAAAAAAAGAACCUGUAGUGGGCCCCGGAAUCUGCGUAUGGAGUCAAGAGAACCCAGGUUGCGUCGAUCAGCGAUUGACAACGCGAGCGUAG